ACCAGAGAAUCAGAAAACCCUUAAACCCUUUCGUCGCCUCCAUCGAAGGUUUCUCUUGUUGAGUGGAGGCUACCAUUGUUGCCGUUCUUUCACGCACUGGUUUUGCAGUGACAAGCCAUCGGUGACCAUGUAUCUUCAGUUUUACAUAAACGAUAAUGGUGACAAAGUCUACACCACCAAGAAAGAGUCGCCGAUAGGGCAACCUACACAAUCUGCUCAUCCAGCCCGGUUUUCACCCGAUGACAAAUAUUCAAGGCAGAGAGUUCUUCUGAAGAAGCGUUUUGGAUUGUUACCAACCCAGCAGUCACCUCUGAAGUACUGAAUGAUAUAGAAGCUCUAAUUUUUAAGUGUUUUUGUUCUGGUCUUAGUAUUUUGUGAACUAGUGCUGGUGUCAAGUGAUUGAGCCAUUUAUGCUUUUUAUGUGUUUUGAACCCCGAUUACGUCAAAAUCCGGCUCACGUAUUAGAAUGAAGUGACGAAUGUUGAAAUGCACCAGUGGAUUUGGAGUUGUGUUUGCAGUCAAUAUAUAUACUUCUAAAAGUACUCUUAGAAAAAUAUUUGUUCUCGCAA